AUGGCCGACCAAACCCCCAGCGAUGCUGCCGCCCCGGGCGCUGCUGCCACUCAAACCCUGCCUGAUCGCACCCAACCCCCCGCCGAUAACGCGAAUGAGUCUAAGAAUGCUGCCAAGAAGGCCGCAAAGGCCGCUAAGCUGGCUGCCGACAAGGCCGCGAAAGCUGCAAACAAGGGAAAUGCCAAGCAGGAGCCUAAGAAGGCCCCCAAGAAGAAGGUUGAGGGUGCUGCUUUGAUCGGAAUUGAUGUCUCGAAGGAGGAGGAUUUCCCUACAUGGUACUCUCAGGUUCUCACUAAAGGUGACAUGCUUGACUACUAUGAUGUGUCUGGGUGCUUUAUUCUGAAGCCUGCUUCGUACUUUAUCUGGGAGGAAAUCCAACAAUACUUCAACACCCGUAUCAAGAAGAUGGGUGUCAAGAACUGCUCUUUCCCGCUCUUUGUGUCUGAGGAUGUGCUGCAGCGUGAGAAGGAUCACAUUGAGGGAUUUGCUGCUGAGGUCGCCUGGGUCACCCAUGCUGGAUCUACCCCUCUUGAAAAGAAGAUUGCCAUUCGUCCUACCUCGGAGACUGUUAUGUACCCCUACUACGCCAAGUGGAUUCGCAGUCACCGUGACUUGCCCCUGCGCCUGAACCAGUGGAACUCCGUUGUGCGUUGGGAGUUCAAGAACCCCCAGCCUUUCCUGCGAACCCGUGAGUUCUUGUGGCAGGAGGGUCACACCGCUCACUUAACUGAGGCCGCCGCCCGGGAGGAGGUUCUUCAGAUUCUUGACUGGUACGCCGAUAUUUACUCUGAGCUCCUCGCUGUCCCUGUCGUUAAGGGCCAGAAGACCGAGCGUGAGAAGUUCGCCGGAGGUCUCUACACCACCACAGUUGAGGGCUACAUCCCCGCUACUGGUCGUGGUAUCCAGGGUGGUACUUCCCACGGCCUGGGCCAGAACUUCAGUAAGAUGUUCAACAUUACCGUGGAGGACCCCUCUGCCAAGCCUGACGAGAAGAAGCCUGCCCUCAAUGUCUGGCAGAACUCUUGGGGUCUGUCGACCCGUACCCUGGGUGUCAUGGUUAUGAUCCACAGUGAUGACAAGGGACUUGUCAUCAUCGUCCCCGUUGGUAUCACCGCCAAGACCACCGACGAGGAGCGCGAGAAGCUCAACGCCGAGGUUGACGGUCUUGUUGCCGUCCUGACUGCUGCCGGUAUCCGCGCUGAGAGCGAUAAGCGCACCGAGUACUCCCCUGGCUGGAAGUUCAACCAGUACGAGCUCCGCGGUGUUCCUUUGCGCCUGGAGUUUGGCCCUGGCGAGUCUGCCGGCCACUUCGUUACUACCUCUCGCCGUGACAUUCCUGGAAAGGAUGGCAAGGGCUCUAUCCCCAUUCCUGAGCUGGCCACUGCCGUCCCUGCUCUCCUGGACACCAUCCACAAGGAUCUCUACACUCGUGCCGAUGCCGUUUUCUCUGCUCACCGCAAGCAGAUCACUAACUGGGACGACUUUGUUCCUGAGCUGAACCAGAAGAACCUGCUCAUCGUCCCCUCGUGCCUGACUGAGGAGUGUGAGGACCAGAUCAAGGAGAUGAGCGCCCGCAAGGCCGAGGAGGAUUCUGGCGAGGCCGAGGACUCCAAGGCUCCCAGCAUGGGUGCCAAGUCCCUGUGCAUUCCCUUCGAGCAGCCCGCCGAAGAGCUUGGUGCCUGUAUCAACCCCAAGUGCAAGAACCCCGCCCAGAAGUGGUGCAUGUUCGGCCGCUCUUACUAA